UCAAACUUCUUAUCUAAUUUCAAAACUCGGAAGUACUAUAUUAUGAAGUAAUUGUGAAGUGAGUGAGUGGACAGUAAUAUUUACGUACCAAUAUGUGCAAGUGUCCAUGAAAUGUGAUGUUGGUGGUGUACACAGUAUGAGCAGAUGGAUGGCGCUCUUCGGGCUUGUGUGGCUGCUGCGUGUACGCGGGUCCCUAUGCGGAUGCACGGCAUGCAAGCGUGCUCGGCAGGACACGCGAGACCAAAGCAGAGCAUGCCCAAGCACCUCAUGCCCCGAUGAGCAAGCGAAGGACGAGCGGGCUCCGAGUCCGCAAGAGCGCGCAGCGUUUGACGUGAUUGCUCUGCAACAAUACACCCGUGACGUGUCUGUCCAAACUGAUUUCGAUGACGACGAAAUUGAAGACUUGGAUAAGAUUGAGCUGCAAAUCACUGAGGAAUCAAACGUAAGCAACUAUGACAGCGGCCGUGAACAAAAUACGAUGCACAGUCCGGAGCAAGUCGCAGGGAGUUUUCAGUAUCUCAUGCAUCAAAGCACUUCAAAUCCAGAUGACGUUUGGGAAACUACAGAUGUAACCUUGGAAAGAGGAGUGAGUGGCCUUGGACUGAGUAUAGCGGGAAGUGAAAGCGGCGGUGACGUCAGUAUAACUAGGAUCGCGCCUAAUGGGGCUGCUAAGAUGGAUGGCCGUUUACAAACUGGAGAUAUUCUACUACAGGUCAACGACAUCUCCGUGGAAGGCGCCCCACAUUCUGUAGCCGUAGAUGCAUUACAAAAGGCUGGAAAUAUCGUAAGAUUAAGAGUCAGAAGAGCUCGUAGACCAAUGGUCGUGACACUCUGUCGAGGAGUGCGUGGACUUGGUUUAGGUAUAGCCGGUGGAGCGGACGACGCUGGGGGAGAAGGCAUCUUUAUAUCACACAUCGCAGUAGGCGGUGCUGCCCAUCACGACGGAAGACUCAAGCUUGGUGAUAAAAUACUAGCGGUUAGCGAUGAAAAUGGUGUAGAAACAUCUUUAAUAGGAGCAACACAUGCCACAGCAGUCGCUGCGUUGCGAAGCACAGGAGACCAUGUAACACUUGUAGUUCUACCAGCCGCAGGUUCAAUUCCACCCGUCGCACGAACUGCACCGCUUCAUACUACAAGAACCCAAGCGACGUCAUGUUCCACACUGCACGAUCUUACGGAGGAGGAGUUAAAUAAAAUACCCAGAUGUGUGCGGAUGGUGCGUCUAGUGCGUACGGGGUCGCGGCUUGGGAUGGAUAUUGUAGGGGGACUAGGGGGGGAAGUAGAUGAAACUAGCGGACUGGAAGAUGAUACUUGUGGUGUAUUCGUGUCCGGUGUUUCUACUGAAGGGGCGGCGUUUGGCUUGCUCCACAGGGGAGAUCGGAUAUUGAGUGUAGAUGGCAGAGAUCUCUCCAGAGCUACACAUGAGCAAGCAGCGGCCGCUUUGAAGCAGUACUCGGGCAAUGCUGUGACUGUCGCCGCCCAAUACCAGCCCGAGCAGUACGAACGAUUGCGCGUGCGCAUUCUUGCGAUCAACGCUGCGGCGGCUAUGUCGCCUCAUACAAACACGCGCAUUGCUAGGCAUAUACCCGUUCGUCCUGAGGUUCAUAUCAUGUAUCCAAGGUAGCACUGAUCCAGCCGUGAAAUAGAAUGUAAUAAAAUUUUAUAAGCUAG